AUGGGGCAUGAUACGGCGGCUGACCCGUUCUUUGACGACCCUUUCAACGACCCCUUCAACUCACACAACGAAAAUAUCUGGGAUACCCCUGUUAGAGGAGGAGAUGAAAAACUCGACGACACUCACACUACUGAUAGCGGCGACAACACGGCUGUUAAUUUGGAGAGUCUUCUUGAUGGAUCACAGGCAGAGAGGGCUUUGAAAUCAAUGGACAACAUGGACCUAAUGGCUUUAAAACCUUCAUCAGAGUCCCUCAGACGACUCACUCUCUCCCCAAGGAAACCCAAACGAGCCUUUGAUCUCGGAAACGGAUCGCCCGGGUCGAAACCAAUGCUGACGUUUUCGGAGAAACUUGCGACUGAGAUGGGGAAGACGGUACCGGGUGAUAGAUAUAACUUUGGAGGCAACAGCAGCAGUAGCCCGCUCAAGCCAAAGAAGCCUCGGUUUGGGACCAAGGAGGAGAGCACUGUUGUUGAGGAGGAUAUCAUUGUGGGCGGAUCGGAUUCGGAAUCGGACGCUGACUGGGAUGACAAGGAUGUGUUUGUGUCGGCGCAAUCAACACCGCAGAGAAUGCCAGAAGAGAAUAAUGAGCCACCGAUACCAAAGGAUGUUGUUCUUUCAGACGACGACUUUCCUCCUCGCGGCAAAUUUGUCAGCAAGGCGCCUGUUGAACUGGUUGAAUCGGACUCAGAUCUGGACGACGAGCUUUUCUCUGGAAUGAACUCUGCACCAGCCAACCCGACACCACCUUCAACAACGCCACCCGUGGGCGCUUCCGGCGACGACGUGUUUGGUUCCGACAUUGAGCUCUCUGACGGUGAUGAUGCGGAUACGGAUGCAACAGGGACUAGUGCAGGAACGAGGAGGAGUACGCGAGCUAGAGCAAGGACUGCGGCAAGCAACGGACCUGCAUCAAUGUCGAGGAACGGGCGAGCACGUCGAAAUUCUAGUCCGGAUCCGCUUCUGGAUUUCGACGAGCCGAUCCGACCCUACAAACCUAGGAAACCGGCCAAGAAGACGCUCUUUUCACUCGACUCUUUACUCAAGGAGAAGGAGCGGAAAGACCGUAUUGGCUACGAUCUGCAGGCCAUCAAGAGCCAGGUCUCCCUGGACGGCAAGCUGUUGGAAGAUUUUGGCGAAUUCGAAGAAAUGACAUUUUCUCCACAGUCAAUUCCAAAGGGAGUUUUGACAGAGCAAGACGAAGAGAAUCUUAAAGUAAUUAUCAAGAAUACCCAAGCCGAGAUUGUCGAGGAUAUUGCCGAGUUUUUCAUCCGCUGGCCCCAGACAUUGGUAGUGGACCCAUUAGAGAUGCACUUGACGGACGCUGACAGCGUGGAUCAUAUUGUUCAGAGGGUUAUCAAGCACACGCGGACAGAGGAAUUCCUUGAUGAAGACUGGCAGGUCACUCCGGUCACCAGCGAAACCAAAAAUGAGCGGACCAUUGAACCCGAUACGCCCAAGUUCCCGAGACAAAACUUGAGGGCAGUAAUCAAGUUGGUCAACCUGACCGCGACUCUUGACCCGCAGUUCUACGAUCUUGCGGAGAUCCGGAAAAUUAUUAGCAUACUUCUUAGAAUGACGACUGACCCCAUUAUUGGCGACAUCAAAUCCUUGCUUGGUGCUACGUUGGCAGCUUUGCUGGACGCGAUCCCUGCUCAUUCCUGGGAUGCCGAGCGCAAUCGAAUUUGCCAAGAGACUCUGAAGUCGUUAGGAACAUCCUCAGCCUUCUUGCUUCUGACGCUUCACCAACUGCCCGCACUCUCAGAUAGGAUAGCACUUAUUCGCAGAAGUAUAGCAUUGGCCUACUUGAACCAACCCCCUAUCCCUCCAGGCGAGGUAGCACCCGAUCUUAACGAGCUUCACCGCGCGCUUUUUGUAGACCAAUUGCUUCAGGCGGACCGCAAGGCGGACUUUAAGGCUGUGGGUCGGCGGUUCCAGAUCUAUGGAUACUGUUUGGAUGAUGAAGAGAUCCUUGCUGGGUAUGGUUAUAAACAGCUGGAGCCCCUUUCUAGAAAGCUGAUUAUAACCCAUGGGCGCAUUUAUGUGGAUGUGUAA